CUCAGGAACCUCUUCACUUCGCCUUCGGGAAACGAGGGUGAUAUGAGUAGGAUACUGGUUUAAGGCUGGUUAACUCCGGUAACUAGAAAGCUACCCGGCCAAGAGUCACUAACAAGCCCCUAUGUGAGUUCUAAGGGAAUGGUGCAACCCAGAACACUAUCAACGCCACAGCACUUCGCCCCAGUCCCAGCCCCAGAAACCUCCAUUUUUUCACGGAAGUGUUUGCAACCCGAUAUCCGUUCGUUCGGUCGCAGGACGUGAAAGCAUCUGAGAGUGCCGGUGUCCAGUCACCUGAAGGAAGAGUUCCAGAUCCUGCCUGGAAUUAAGUCACAGAGGUCACCUGUCUUACUGUCUACUGCCGUGUCUAAAGCCAUCAUGCCUCGGGGUCAAAAGAGUAAGCUUCGUGCCCGUGAGAAACGCCAUCAGGCUCAAGAAGAGCUAGAGUCUCUGAUGGGUGCUCAAGCCACUACAAGAAUGGGAAGAGAAUUUCGCUUGUCUUCCUCUGCUCAUUUCAGUAGUACCACCCAGAGCUCAACUGCUGCCGAGACAACCAGCAAUACUCACUGGCCUCAGAGAGCCACAUGCACCACCACUACUGCUGCAGCUGUUUCAAAUGUAAGAGCUAAUGAAAGCACCAACAACCAGAUGGAAGAAAGGCCAAGAUCCUCACAGGCCCCGGCUGCCACUGAGCACAUGACCAGAAGCCCUCUAGAUGAGACGGUGUUCAUGUUGGUGCAUUACCUUCUCUACAAGUAUCAAAAGAAAGAGAUCAUUAUAAAGGCAGAUAUGCUGAGAGAUGUAGUCCACAUUCCCAGGAGAUACUUCAGAGAGAUCAUGAAGAAAGUUUCAGAUCACCUGGAGAUGGUCUUUGGACUUGACCUGAAGGAAGUAGAUCCAGAUAGGCGCAUCUAUUUCCUCAUCAACAAACUGGUACCAACAUGGGAUACAAAACUGAGUGAUGACAGACAUGUGCCCAGGUCUGGCCUGCUGCUGACUAUCCUGAGUGUGAUCCUCUCAAAGGGUAAUUGUGCCACUGAGGAGCAAAUCUGGCAAGUGUUGAAUGUGAUGGGGUUAUAUGAGGGGAGGAGGCACUUCAUUUUUGGGGAGCCCAAGAAGAUCCUCACCCAAGAUUUUGUGAGAGAAAAUUACCUGCAGUACCAGCAGGUGCCCAACAGUGAUCCUCCAUGCUAUCAGUUUCUAUGGGGUCCACGAGCUCAUGCAGAAACCACUAAGAUGAAUGUCUUGGAUUUUUUAGCCAAGAUCUAUGAUAGUGUCCCCAGUGCCUUCCCAGCCUGGUAUGAAGAAGCUUUGAGAGAUGAGGAAGAAAGAGCUCAAGCCAAAGCUGCAGCAAGGGCUCGCAUUAGGGCCAUGGCCAAUGCACAUUCCAAGGCCAUGUGUAGCAGAUCCUCCCACCCCCAGUAGAAUUCAAGGCAUUCUUUGCCUUGUGGCUGAAAGGAAAAGUCUACAUUCCAGUCUGUGGAAGGUUAGGGUGGGGUUGGAGGCAACACAGCGUAUAACAUGUUUGUUUUCUUGUUCUAUAAUACGUUUCUGGAUAGUUUUUCAAAAUAUCGUUUGUUUAUCAGAAGUUUGAGUAACUUUAGAAGAUAAGUUUCUGAAUUACAUUACUUAAACAUUGCUGUGAAUGUAAGAGUAAGAGUUUUAUUAUUUUGGGGAACAAAUUAGGAACAUUCCAUUUUAGUUAUUUGAAACAAGAUCAUAUGGCAGUAGAUUUAGUAUUUUCUUGGAAAUUCUAGAGAAUGCAGCAUUGUAAGAGUUGGGAUCAAAAGUGGAGAAAAAAUGAAAGAUUGUAAAUGGCUGAUUUCACUUAUCACUUUUAGUCUUUUUUUGUAAAAUCAAUGUAUAUAUACAUACCUGGAUAUGUUUUGUUUAUUCAAGAG